AUGCUCUUUCAACAUCUAUUCUAGUUAAAUAUUGUCAUUGUGGAAAAAGUUCAAAUGAUGAACUGCGAUGGACGAAGAGAGCGUAGGAAAUUGCAGAUGGUGUUUUCCUUUAAGAUGAUGUAAGACUUUAUUCCCCGUGAUGGUUUAUCCCUGCACCGCUGAAACAACAUCAGCAGAGACGUUUUUACUGUGCUGCCAGCGCUGCUCGCAAGACAUCGGAAGGAUCCCCUGCAGGCUCCGGCCAAACCCACUCACAGCAUUGCCUUUAUAAAGCCGUUUAACCGCUGCGCUGGAAAUAAAAGCUGAUCGUGGAGACACGAAGCAAAUCAACUCCAGCAGGGACAGAUGAAGUGUCCGGCAUCGGUCCAGAGACCCGAGUUGGUGUUUUAUCUCUCAAGUUAUCUCGGACGGGUCAUCGUGUAUUUUUCUUUAACCGGAGAAGUUGACAUGAACUACUGGUGACAAAGCCGCUCGGCUAUACUCCACGGAUUACUCAAGUUGCUGUGAACUUUUGCAGGAAUAAUGUAAUAUCCAGUGCUUUUUUUAAGACUAGGGUGAGAUUUGUUUUCCAAGUGGCCAACAGUGUUGACCGUGUUUAAUAAAUCUUGGGCGUGAUAAUGCACGAAUUACCGUGUCAUGCUAUUUAGGGUAAUAUUACAGAGGAGAAAUUGGCCAAGCAUCCCUCCCUACUACCAUCGACGGGCAGAAGAGGCAGGGCGACCGGUUCAAAGGCUUUAUACGCUUCUGCAUAUUUUGAAGUAACCUAGAUUUUUGUAUAAACUGUUCUUUACAGUAUAUUGACCAAAUGGGGUUUACCAAUCUAUAUUUAACUCUUAAUAUAGCUGACUGGUAAGAGAAAAUAUAACCAUUUUGUACAACAGUAUAGCUUUAAAAUAUAGCCUAUAUCUCUGGUUGAAUAUAAUUCUGACUUUCGGAUUAGAUGUUUAAAUUCUGGUAUGAUAUUCGGUGAUUUUUUUUUUUUUUUUAUGAAAAUCGCCCAGUAAUUAAAUACCCACAUUUACUUUUUUGGCCGCACAGCCAGCAUUCUUCGCGACUUUAGCUUUGCAGGCAUUCGCAUGCAUGACUGAAAUAAUGGCCCUGAGCGGUAACAGCAGAUCCCAGCCGCAAAACAAGGAUCAGGGGUCUACCCCCACUUCUUUCCCCGACGUCGUGGAGCUAAACGUCGGAGGACAGGUCUACUACACCCGCCACGCCACCCUAAUAAGCGCGCCCAAUUCGCUGCUUGGUAAGAUAUUCUCUCCCAAAAAAGACAAUUUAAAGGAUCUAGCCAGAGAUCCCAAAGGACGCUACUUUAUCGACAGAGAUGGCUUUCUGUUUCGGUACGUAUUGGAUUAUCUAAGAGAUAAGCAGAUCGUCCUUCCCGACCACUUUCCAGAGAGAGGAAGACUAAAGCGCGAAGCAGAAUAUUAUCAGCUUCCGGAGCUGGUUAAAAUCCUCACCCCAGAGUACUUCAAGCAAAGUCCGGAUGACUAUUUCCACAGCGACAUCGAUGACAUCUCCCAAGGCAGCGACCAAAAAAUGUGUCCGCCGUCUUUAGGCGUGAGCGACCGCAGGUACGGGUUCAUCACGGUGGGGUACCGGGGCUCCUGCACCCUGAACCGGGAGAGCCAGCGGGACGCGAAAUUCAGAAGAGUGCCCAGGAUUAUGAUCUCCGGCAGAAUCGCUUUAGCCAAAGAAGUCUUCGGGGAAACCUUGAAUGAAAGCCGAGAUCCGGACAGGACCCCGGACAGAUAUACAUCCAGGUUUUACCUUAAGUUCAAACACCUAGAGAGAGCAUUUGACAUGCUGUCCGAGUGUGGAUUCCAGAUGGUCGCCUGUAACUCCUCGGUUACUGCAUCGUUUGUCAAUCAAUACACAGAGGACAAGAUCUGGUCCAGUUACACAGAAUAUGUCUUCUAUCGGGGACCUUCUAGGUGGUCUUCAUCUAACUACGACUGCUGCUGUAAGGACCACAAGGAGGACGGUGAGGGGGAAAGCGGCACCUCCGACAAUGACCUCUCCAGUUCCAGCUCUGGGAGCCAAUCAGAAGCCAGCUCGCCCCAGGGCACGGUGGUGUGUGGGCCAGUGAGUCGUCAAUCUCACAUACAGACCUUGGAUAGGCCCACUAAGAGGGGGCAAGGCCCACCUACCCAGCAGUCCGAACGCUGCCGGAAGAGUGAUCUGCUUCGCACCCUCACCUCCAGCUCCCGUGAGGCCAAUGGCAGCCGCAGGAGGCCGGCCAAGGAGCGUCUGACCGUCGAGCAGGAGCUGGAGAAAUGCAUCCAGGACUUCCACAAGAUCAAGAUCCCGGAGCGCUUCCCCGAGCGGAAGACCAUGUGGCAGUCGGACCUGCUGCGGAAGUACCGCCUCUGAGGUGUGUCCACGGCGCCCCUGCUGGAUGCUGACAGACAGACAGGAGAAACAGGAAGUGGAAACGCCUCAGACAGGAAGUGGAAAUGCUUAGAACAGGAAGCGG